GCUCCGUCCUUGUCCGUGGAUCGACAUAUUGAUGGUGUGGACACUGGAUGGAACCUCUUGUGAAAGCGAUUGAAGGAUUCCUCGAGUUCCACAAGCCUUGCAAGCAUCCAAGGAAAUGCCUCCACUGAUCUGCUUGCUGCGACACCAUGACCCCUGGGACCCAACCUUUUCAUUCAACAAUGCUGCCUGGGACUGCGUACAAGUGCAAACCUUUUCCACUCUUCAGCCUUAUAAUACCUCUUUGUUGUGAAACUUCUUUUGAAAUUUAGCCCUUAGCUUUACCUGACGGCUCUCUAGCCCCUUCAGACUUCGUACUAUAGCCCUCCGGCCUCGUUCUGAGUGCCAGUUUCGAUAUAUUCUUUAUUCUUUUGAGAAGGCUGCGUUACAGCCAUCCACUUUCAGGAUGGGGUUCGGCGGCGUUGUUCUCCGCUUCUUCAAUUUAGCUAUUCGCGUCCUUCAAUUCCUUGACAGCGCUGUAAUUCUAGGGAUUUUCUCUUACUUUUUAGCAGUCCUCAGCCGUCAUGACCAGAACAUCCCGCAGUGGAUAAAAGCUACCGAGGGUCUGUCAGGUGCGGCGGCCCUUUACGGACUACUAGGCAUCCUCUUCACCUGCUGCUUGGGAGGGGUCGCAUUUUUCGCCGCUGUGGCUGUUGUUCUCGAUGUCUGCUUUGUCGGAGCCAUGGUCGCUAUUGCGAUCAUGACUCGCAAUGGCACACAGCAAUGCAGCGGCCGAGUCGAUACUCCUUUGGGAUCAGGCGAAAGCAACGCAGAAUCGCCAUCUAAAGUGAAAUACGAGUUCGCCUGUGAACUCCAAAAAGUCACCUUCGCCGUCGCGAUCAUCGGAAUCUUUUUCUUCCUAAUUUCCAUUCUCUUCCAAGUUCUCUACGCCCGUCACCACAAGCGUGAGAAGCGUUUCGGUCCUUCCCCGGCCAAUGAUUAUACGUAUGGCUCCCGUCCUCGUGCUUUCUGGCGUCGCAAGAAGAACAACCCAGAUGCCGCCAGCGCCGACGAUAUGCUCCCAACCCAUCCUACUCCUCAGGAUGUCGAACUAGGACCUACCCAGGAGAAGCCCAGUGGUUUUGGUAGUUUCUUCUCUCGAAACAAAGAUACCACUCAGGCCACCCCGGGUGCGCCACAGAAUGGCUAUGGCUACGGAAACUCCGCCUAUACGGGCAACUACUAAGACAACUACAUUCCAUACCACCACUGAAAUAUGAAUGCCAUGGAAUUAUUCCAUAGUACACAAACACACAGUGUCCAAAACAAAAACAAUAUAACAAACCGAAACAAAGAAAAUUUCGGGUCGGUGAAACCCAUAUCACAUAUGCCGCAGGUCUAUAUCCGCUAGGGAGAAACUGGGCAAUGGCUUUAUCAUCUAAUUUGGCUAGGAAGGUAAUAACGUCUAUGAAUAAUGAUUAUAAAUAAGAUACCAUGGUCUUUCUGGAUUUAUGUGAAGUGCUACUUUCCUGUAUAGCUUGACUCAGUAUUUAAUGAAAUCAAUUUUCUACCUAA